UGUUGAGCAAAGGCGGGCGGUGGGCGGGGACACGAGGCUGCGGCCGCCCACGGUCCCGCGGUCCGCAUUGGCUGCACAGGCCCGGCCCCGUGGCCCGGUCUGGGACAGCAUGGCUUCUCCCGGGGCCCCGGCGCCCCAGCUGGAGCUACCCGAGCGGAACUGUGGGUACCGCGAGGUCCAGUACUGGGACCAGCGCUACCGAAGCGCUGCCGACUCCGCCCCGUACGAGUGGUUCGGGGACUUCUCCUCCUUCCGUGCCCUCCUAGAGCCGGAGCUGCGGCCGGAGGACCGGAUCCUCGUGCUAGGUUGCGGGAACAGUGCCCUGAGCUACGAACUGUUCCUUGGAGGCUUCCCUGAUGUGACCAGCGUGGACUACUCAUCAGUUGUGGUGGCUGCCAUGCAAGCUCGCUAUGCCCACGUGCCCAAACUGCGCUGGGAGACCAUGGAUGUGCGGGCGCUGCGCUUCCCCAGUGCCUCCUUUGACGUGGUGCUUGAGAAGGGCACGCUGGAUGCCCUGCUGGCUGGAGAACGGGAUCCCUGGACCAUAUCCUCUGAAGGUGUCCAAACCGUGGACCAGGUGCUGAGUGAGGUGAGCCGGGUUCUGGUCCCUGGGGGCCGGUUCAUCUCCAUGACCUCUGCUGCACCCCACUUUCGGACCAAACACUACGCCCAAGCCCGUUAUGGCUGGUCCCUGAGGCAUGCAACCUACGGCAGCGGUUUCCACUUCCAUCUCUAUCUCAUGCACAAAGGCGGGGAGCUCAGCGUGGCCCAGCUGGCACUGGGGGCCCAGAUUCUGUCACCUCCCAGACCCCCUGCCUCACCCUGCUUCCUUCAGGACUCAGAUCAUGAGGACUUCCUCAGCGCCAUUCAGCUGUGAGGCCAGAAGCAUAGCCCUGCAGCCUUCCUGCCUUCUGCCCGGACUUCUCGGGGAGCUGGGAUUCCUGACUCAGGCUGGGUCCAAGGUGCUCACAUCCCAGCAGCCUCAUGGCCAAAGCAGAGCUGCUGAGAACAAGCUCACAUGAACCAAUACAGCUCAGGUCCAACUGGA